AUGAAUUAAGAAGUUCAGAGAACCAGUUGAAGACAGCAAUCAGUGUUUCUAUAAACAGAUUUAUACACAAAUUACUGAGAUGUUUGCUGUGACCAGGGUUAUGUGACUGAUGAGAGUGUUGUGAUGGCUAAUGUUUUUCAUGUUGAGUUUGGCAUCAACGAUACACCGUUAACACGAGCCCUAGAACACGGGAACUACACCACUGCUGAACGUGUCAUUGUUGAGUGCACAAACCCCUCUUACCUUGAUGAAGGCUGCUACCAGAGGACACCUUUGUUCAUCUGUCUGUGUGGAGUUGAUGAGGAAGAAGAACGAGUCACAACAAGAAACUUCUUCUUAGCCAGAAUUAUCAUCGAGCAUGGAGCCAACGUUAACUACAGAGUACCACAGACUCUGUUUGGAUCUGAAUAUAUUGGACCUGGGAAGACAUGUCUGGAGCUUCUGGUGGACUUCUACAAUGAUCUGACCCAUGAUGGGGACCACUACAACAUAAAGACUUGGCAAAUGUAUCACCGAGGUUGGGACCCAGCGGUGGAUAUUGUGGUGGGGCUCGACAGACAAUACCUGAGCACUGUCAGUGACAUUCUAGAUCACAUGGAGGAACUCAUACUUAUAAUCCUCAGUAACAGCGGAGACCCGAAUAUCCUUGAUGAGAACCGAAUGACACUGAUACACCGUAUCGCCAUGGUGAGCCGUGACACGCGACUAGUGAGACUGCUCUGCGACUUCGGGGCCAACAUCAACGCCGUGGACAACUACGGUAACACACCUCUGUUGUCACUGUGUGACGUCAGCGUGUCUGAUGUGUACGAUUUCAUGGAGGACCUCUCUCCGUCGAGCGAUGACACUCUGGAGGACAACCGAGCCAGUCUGUGUGUGAGGGAUGAACUCCUGACCUUCCUCCUCUCAAAACGAGAACUAGAGCUGGACACCCAGAACAACCUUGGCCAGACAGCGGUGUUUCACUGUGUGUUACGGGGAGAUGUGGACAGUGUUUACAGACUAUUGAAGCAUGGAGCUAACCCAGCCCUUAGAGGCAUAGUGUGGGAAACUCGCAAGAGGAAAAGAAAAUUAUCUCCCUUGUUUGCAUCAUUCCUGUCCAUUCCGGUGCAGCGGUCAUUGAACUGGCAGAACAUGCACCACAAGCUGACCGCAGCACCCCACCAACUGGCUCACCUCGUUGAUGCAGGUUUCUUCACGAGGAAGGAGAUCGUGGAGGAGCUACAGGAGUACCUGGCCCACGAUUUCCCGGAGUUCAGCCACCUGCACGCGUACGCGGGGGUCGUGCUUCACCUGAUGUUUGGCCGCUCUACCUCCACGCUGUCCCAGCUGGCAGCCUCCUCCGUCUUUCAGAUGUGCUUCAUCCAGAACACCACCUGCCUGCAGAAGAUCCUACCCGUGAACAUGUUCAAGCAGAACUUCCUGCCGGACGAUCUCCACCACUUCGACACAUACGAGGAGUACGUGACGCUCGUCUUGAACCGGACGGUCCUCACCGCCCUCAUUGACAUGCUGGCUCUGCCCCAGGACUCCCUCCUCAACUUCGAGGUGGAACUGCUUCUUCAUCAGAUGGCCGUCAGGUUCUCCAAGUACAAAAUCCAGCGUCCCGAACACUUGUUUUCUCAGAACAGUGACGCCAGCGAUGAUUCUGUGUCGUCUGACAACAGUGACAUCAGCCAGGAGGAUGAAUCUGAUCUUGAGUAUUGGUGAUUAGUGGAACUGUGCAGAAUAUUGUGAAUCCUUGAAGAUAAGACUCAUCUUUAACAUAAGCUGGGCAAAUUAAGAGACUAUAGAAUUGUUUUUAAUUCCAGUAGCCAUGGGAUCAGUGAUUUUCUAAAUGCACUCAGUGCAGUGGUCUAAAAUAGAGAAUUUGAAAUAACCUUUACUUCUCAGUAAACCAUUUUAAUGAGCUUAAUCUACUGAAGGUUCAGUUCCCUGAAAAUAUUUGUUGGCUUAGAUAAACUUUACCUUCUAUUACACGUGCAUAUAUUUACUAAGGUUUAAGCAUGUCUUAUCCAAAUGUUUUCACUUCCCUGGAAAUGUGUUCUAAGGCAGAUUUGCCUUUACAAAUGUAAUGUUCCUGACACUGGAGAGGUUCUAAUAGUUAAUGCCAGUCAUGUACAAUAUGCAGUACUAUGCAUAAAAGAUACAUUACACAUAUACCAAUGUGUGUCUCUUAAAAACUGUAAAUAAUUUGAAAUUAUGACUUGUAUGGAAACCACCCCCCACCCCCGAAGACGCCAGCUUUUCUUUAAGGAUUUACAGUAGUAAAAACAGGUUGAACCUGUAUCAGUAUGGAAAUCUUCUGGAGGAAAAUGUUAUGUGUACCUCAGAGUUGAUGCAAUUAUGCUUUUGUGUUGCCAAAGUGCUGUUAGAAUCAGUGAUAAUUAUUUAUGAAAUACAAUAAUAGAGUUGCUCAAUCGGUUUUGACAACUGAAAUAUGUCCAAAUGAAUUACAAUGUUGUUUUUUCAAUUGUGUAAAGUCAUCUUUGUCUUGGUUAAUGGUUGUUUUUUUGGAGAGAUUGGUAUUAGCAUUAUUAGUUUUAUAGGAAAAUGUUGCAUAAAGAUUUACAUUUGCCUUCAAACAUAAUGGAAACAUUUUCAAAGGAUUAUUAUGAUUAUAGUUAACUACUUAUGGUUUGAAACUAGUUUACACAUAUAUAUUUCAAAGUACAGCAGUUAAGUUAAAGCAGUGUAUGGAAAAUAUUUUUAAUUUUAAAUAUAAAAAAAAUAUUUGAUUCAGAAUAACAAUUUAUUGACGUUUUAGUUAGUUGAAAGUAAUUUAAAAUAUUUUCUGUUGUUGUUUGUAAUUAAUAAAACUCUUAGUCGAUGAUUAGUUAAUCAAUGUGCUCUACAAAACAAACAAACUUUAAGAAAACUCUAGGUUUUUUAAAAUUUCUAUCAACCCUGUUUAAUGUAAUGUUUGAACAGCCUGGUUCAGGGAAAACUCUAGGUUUUUUAAAUUUCUAUCAACCCUGUUUAAUGUAAUGUUUGAACAGCCUGGUUCAGGGAAAACUCUAGGUUUUUUAAAUUUCUAUCAACCGUUUAAUGUAAUGUUUAAACAGCCUGGUUCAGGGAAAAACUUGUUUAAUUGUGUAGGAUUCUGCAGAAAAAUAGAAAAUGUAUGUCAGUUUGUGUGUGAACGUGGAUGGUGUACAUCAUAAUACAGUGUAUUUAACAUAUUUGACAGAGUGUGAUUGACAAUGCUCUUUGUUAAAUCGAAUCACACAUCAACCCCUUGACAAGAAUGGCAUUUAAACUACGGCUAGCUCUAGUCACUAUUUAAAUCUAUAACUAGUCUUCAGGGCCUGAGCUUAUAAAACGUUUAGAGUCCAGACUCAAUCUCUAAUAUUGUCACAUGCAUACAUUUAUAUGGCACUGUCAUGACUCUAUUGGAGUCGGGAGUCAAGACUCUAAAAGUUUUAUAAGCAUCGGGCCAGGUUUCAUAUCAUUAUGUCAUAUUUUUUAUUACUUAUUUACAUACCAUCACAUCUAAAUAUCAUUUUGAAAAUUUAAAGAACAGUCUUUCCUUGCUGAGAUUCUAUAAAUAUUUGGCUGGUUUUGCUCAUGGUUGUAUGCUUAAAUAUAAUGUCAUGCUUGAUAAUUUCUGAUAUUGCAUCACUGAUUAGUGCACUUGUUCGUGGGUAUUUUAACCAGUUAAAAAAAGGUUAGUCUAAUGCAUAUGCACAACAGUGUUGAGAUUAUUCCAUUCCCAUGUAAAAACACAAAAAGCACUACUACCAUUUGUGAGAUUUUUGUCAUAAUUCAUUUAAAUAUUUUAAACCACGCUCUAUAUUUUCAAAGCUAUCUUAGGUUACAAUAUCGUAAAACUUAUGACAUCACUGCAACACGCCAUAGUCCCUGAUUGUUUUACAAAAUGAUGUUGCUAAGAUAGCUUAAAUAUGGGCCCAGGAUAACAGCUGAAUAGUUCUGUAGUCAUCCGAUUGAUGUGUGGUUCUCAUUUUCAAUUCUUACAGAGCUUGAGCAUAAUAUGUAGAGCUUACUUUGACAAGAUGUUUUACUUUUCCAUUUAUUGUGAAGGAUCAUUCCGCAUAUGUUGAAUAUUCACUCAUUCCAUUGCAGUUACAGUUGAGAAUUGUGUCCUUAUAUGUUGACCUUGCAUACUUGCAUUCAAAAUGCAUAAUGGAGGUGAUGUAUUGAUAUUUGCAUACCAUACAAAAACCCAAAACAAAACGUUUUAAAAACAUUUUACAUUCUUAGAUUCCAUUUUCCACUUUUUCUCCAUAACUAGUGUAUACAAGAAAGCUUUAACACACAUUCAUAAUGUUAAUCUUGUAUAUUUUGAAAUAAACUAUUGGUGAAAAGUGAAUAUGAAAGUUUGCUGUGAUAAUCGGAGCCCAAUAUGAAUGUAUUAUUAAAAACAUUCUAAAAUGAAGCUGCAGGAACUAUUGACAUCAUUUACUUUCAAAUUCAGGGACAUCAAAGAUUUUUAAUCUGUAUCAUAAUUCCAGUAGUGUUAAUUUUAUAUCCCACAUAAUUAGAAUUAUAACAAGUUCUGAGAAAACUGCUCAGUGAUCUGUUGCAGAUGUUUACAUUAGACAUGUUAUAUCUCCAACCCACAUCUGAUAAACACCAUUUAAGAUGUUUACGAGUGUGCGGACAAAUUAACUUGAAAUACUGUAAAUCAGGAAAUGUUAGCGAGUAUAAAAGUUUAGUGAAUUUAAUGUGACCACACAAGAUACUAAAUUUAAAGAGAUAUACAACAGACUAUUCAGAAAUGUUUUUGUACGAUUGCUGUGUCAGAGAAUAACUGAACACACAACAAUGAUUACAUGAUAUGCAUCAAACCAAAAGUAUAACAAAUGACAUUAGUUAGUUAGCAUGUACGGUACUGCAAUUUUCGACUAAAUUUAAGGUAUAUGCAAGCUGCAUAACAUCAAAAGUCAAAAACUAUUAUUUCAGCUAAUCUACAACUUAAGGUUAUUCUUUUCUUAAGUUUCUAUGUUGAAUGACUGAACAUAUGUAUUUAUUGGAGAUAAUUAAAUGUACACAGCUGUUCAAGUUGAAUGAGACUAAGAGUAAAUCCACUUUCGUAAAUUCUGCCCAUUCUAACAUAUCAUGGAAAUACUAAUUAUGAUUGUCACAGAACAAGAUGUGUGCCAAAUAAUGCUGCGUUUACUUUUUUAACAUCAAACUGUAAUAUUCCAGAGUUCUUAGGUUUAAAAAGAAGAAUAUAUACAUGUGUGUCAUAUUAUUAUUAUUGUGAUGUUGUAUUCAUAUUUAAACAGAUAAUUAUUUAAUCUUCAUUGUCUAAGUACUAUUCAGGUUCAACAUAGAUGUUACGUAUCUUUAUAUUUUUGUGUGUGAAUGAUGUUGUGAAGAUGUUUGUGUUUUUGGAACAAGUAGAAAGAAUAUUGUUGAUAAUUUAAUGUUGUGGUUAAGAAAUUAUUACUUUGAUUGUUGACCAUUUCUAUGGUAUACAUGUAAAUGUGUUGUAUGAAUAUCAAAAUAUAUAUUUAUUAUGAUUCUUUGGUUAUGAAAAGAGUUCAAACUGAAUAUUAUUCAGUUACUAAUUAUUACUACUGCUAUAAGUUAAAAACUAUAUAUAUAUAUUUCAUGAUAUACUAUACCAUCAAUAACAAUGCGACAGUAAUUUAAUGUGGUUUAAAAUGGCGAUUAUGCGAUACUAUUUACCAUAUUAUGCUGUGAAAUUUGUGAAACAUGUAAAGAACAAAAGUACAUGUAUAAUUUUUAAUCCAUUAUAAUUUUGACAUGGUAACACAAUAUAAUUAACCGCUUCACAAAAUGAAAAUAAUGUUGUCAGCGAGGUUAGUUUGAAAGAAUGUGCAGUGAAUGUCUUACUAACAGUGUUUUUAAACAUACAGAUUUCUAUGGUUGAAAUCCAGUGUUGAAUUUGAUUCAGUAUACAUGUAGUUUGUUGGUAGGUCAGUGUUGUAUAUAUUCAAGGUUGUGAUGAAUUCUGUGAUUUUAACACUUACAGUAACCAUUUGGAUGUCACUAAUAUCAUUAUUCCUGCUGCCUGGAAAAACUUUAGAAACUGGAACUGCUAAAGACAUCAAUACUCAUUGGUUAAUCAAGUUAACAUUAGAACCCCCCCCCCCCCCCCCCAAAUUAAUUUGACCAACUGGACAAUGGCAUGAAUUCCAAGAGAAUGGGGGUAAUUCAGCUGUUCAUGAUCACAUUUUGCAAAUACACCAACCAAAUUUACAGUCACUUGGCUUUUGUUUAAUAUUCAUAAUGUUUUUUUUAACAAUUUUAAGUAUUUUCUUCUCAAAAUUGGUUGUUUUUCCAGUGAAAUGCAUGGCUUAUACUAUACUACUAUUUAAAGUAAACUCCAGUGAAAGAUUUAUGCAUCUUUAUUAUAUGAUUUGUUUACGUGAAACUACAGUGGACGUUUACCUGGGACUUCUGAGGACUGCUGAUUAUUUGCCAUUUCUGAGUGCUGCUUUUUACACCUCUUUGACUGUCUAUAAAAUUAAUGUGUGUUUACAGACUGUGCUUACAAAUAAACAGAUUUUAAUUU